GCCGGUGCCGGUGCCGGGCAUGGCCCAGCUCGGCGCCAUCGCCGCGCUCGCCCUCGGGGUCGCGGCCGCCGCGCUGCUCUCGGCCGUGCACAAGAUCGACGAGGGGCACAUCGGCGUCUACUACCGCGGCGGCGCGUUGCUGACCUCCACCAGCGGGCCCGGCUUCCACCUGAUGCUGCCCUUCAUCACGUCCUACAAGUCAGUGCAGACCACGCUGCAGACGGACGAGGUGAAAAAUGUCCCGUGUGGCACCAGCGGGGGAGUGAUGAUUUAUUUCGACAGGAUCGAGGUGGUGAAUUUCCUCAUCCAGAGCGCGGUGUACGACAUCGUCAAGAACUACACGGCCGACUACGACAAGGCUCUCAUCUUCAACAAGAUCCACCACGAGCUGAACCAGUUCUGCAGUGUCCACACGCUGCAGGAGGUGUACAUCGAGCUGUUUGAUCAGAUUGAUGAAAACCUGAAACUGGCCUUGCAGCAAGACCUAACCACGAUGGCCCCUGGAUUAAUUAUACAGGCAGUUCGAGUUACAAAGCCAAACAUCCCUGAAACCAUCCGGAGGAAUUACGAGCUCAUGGAGAGUGAGAAGACAAAGCUGCUGAUUGCAGCGCAGAAGCAGAAGGUGGUGGAGAAGGAGGCGGAGACAGAGAGGAAGAAAGCCCUCAUCGAGGCAGAAAAGAUUGCACAAGUUGCUGAAAUAACUUACGGACAGAAAGUGAUGGAAAAGGAAACGGAGAAGCGAAUUUCGGAGAUUGAAGAUGCUGCCUUUCUUGCCCGGGAGAAGGCGAGGGCUGACGCUGAGUGCUACACUGCUAUGAAGGUGGCCGAGGCCAACAAGCUCAAGUUGACUCCCGAGUACUUGCAGCUGAUGAAGUACAAGGCGAUCGCAGCCAACAGCAAGAUCUAUUUUGGCAAAGAUAUCCCCAAUAUGUUCAUGGACUCUGCAGGGAGCCAGACCAAAUCUGCAGAGGGACUGGCAGAAGGAAUCCAAGAGGAGGAUGGGGCAGGAACCAGCGAGGACACAAAACUGCUUCAUGGUGUCAACUGAGGAGAAAGAUUUCUAUUCGUUUUAUAUCAAAAAACAACACCAUGAACUGGGAAGCUCCUUUUUGUUUUGCCCCUUUCCCAUGCUGAAAGAGAUGAAUCAGACUUAAUCCUUUCAAUCUUUUUUGUAUGACAAUUAGACACAAGGACUUUGGUAAUUAUGGGGUGGGUUUUCUGGUAACCUCUAAGCAGCCAACUCCAGGUGUGCCCUGUAGCUGCACCUCCCCUGCUCUUUGUCCCACACAGACCCAGGAGUCUGGAGAGGCUGCCUGGGCCAUCAGCUGAAUGGGAACUUAAUUUGAGGUUGAAGUGGUUCCUAGCAGUGGGAGGUAAAGAAAUGCUGAGGGUUUGGAGGGAGGGGAAUCGCUGCUACAGCUUAUUUUGUUGUUUUUUUUUUCUCAUUGGAAAUUCCAAGUACCCUGUUUCAACCCCCUUUCCCAACAAGGUGCUAGAUUCUGUACACUACACGUGGCUGCUCGAGGCCUGGGCAGUGGCAGGUUCUGCUGAGCCCACGUGCACCAUGAGGGACACGAGCUCAGCUGGAAUCCUGCAGGUUCCCUGUCUUUUGGGGUGGGGGGAUCGAAGCCUCAGACCAAGUGCUCGUUUUCUGCGUCCCAACACUGCUUUGUUUUCCAUUUGUCGUGGUUUUUGGUAGCAGUUGGGCUGCUGGGUGAGGGUGUGGGCACAAGGGCAGCGUCCUGGAGGGGAGAGCUCGAUGUGCUUUUGGGUGAAACCAGGCUGCAGGCGUGGAAAUUGUCGCAGUCAUAGCCAGAAAAAACCAGGGAGGAAGGAAUCUUUGUCUCAGGGACCCUGACUUUGCAAAAAGCCUUGCUGGGGAGGAGCUGCUGGAGUGACCAGAGGGUCGUUAACAGCUCAUUAUCUGCUCUGCAAGAGGGACUGGAUCUCUGUGUUUAUAGAGUCUGACUAGAAAAAGGGCAUUUUUAGUAGCCGAGGACACAAACUGUCAUCCUGAAAGAUCCCAGUGCAGAGAGAAGCAGCUCUUGUCUGAAGUGCCCAAAGUUGAAUUCCCCCCCUUUCUGUCAGAACAGUGCUAGAAUGCACCUUCCACUUCAGAGAGCUCAGGAAUUCCUCACGUCCCACAUGCGAGGAGGGAGCAGGGUUUUGUUUUCCACGUGCAAAAUCUGAAGUUCAGGCCUAGAGAGAACAUUUUCUCUUCUCUCCCUAAUCCAUCUGCACUUGGCAGCAGAGCCUGGUGGUUAAUUGCUGGUAUGAUUUGAGGCCAAAUAUCCUCAUCUGAGAUGAUGCCAGUGCUCCUCAGGGACCAGCCUGUUGGGUUCUCAGGCUCGGGCCCCAAAUUCCGUGCUCUCCACAACCUCUGGGCUCACCCCUCAGUGUUUGAACCUGCAGCAGCCUUGAGGAUGUUUGUUUGGGAUUGUUCUAUGUUCAUGCUUGAGGUUUCCAUCAGCAGCUAAGACCUCCUUCUACACAAGUAUUUUUCACUAAUGAAAGGACCUAACUAAGCCAAAGUGGUAUUAUAAAGUCAUUUUUUAAUGUAUGACUUCACAGCAAGACAAUAGUUUGGGAUAAAGAGCUCUUAAUGAUUUUUUUUUUUUAAAUUAAAACCAUGACUGCUAAAGUAUUAAUGUAAUUUAGUUAAAUUGUACUAAGAGUAAAAAAUCAAAAGCAAAGUUGAGUGUAUCAGUCUGGACAAGCCAGAAUCCGUUGUUGCAUCUUCAUUCAGGUGUCUUCAUUCUGUAAAAUGUCCUGAAUUUUCCAGAGUGGAUCUGCCUGUCCAUGUAAACCUUGAUUCCCUCUGUCUCUUUAAAGGGGCAUUUUGCCCUGUUUCCGUGAUCUUGAGGCGAAGAUCUGAAUUUUAAACCCACUCUGUGACAAAGGAAACAGAGGUUCGUGGCACUGCUGCUACCUGGGAAUGGCUACGGGGAGCAUGGGAAUGCUCUUUGAUCUUCUUAUGUACUGAACUCAAAGCCUUUUUAUUUUGGUAUUUGCUAUGACAAUAAAAUGGCCUUUGAUUUUAA